AUGGACACCAACAUGGAGGAUAUUGGCCGCGUCCCUACUGAUCUGGCACCCGCGCCCGCCUCGGAACCGACCACCGUUCCCACCCUCGACGGCUGGAUCGAGAGCUUGAUGAGCUGCAAACAGCUUGCUGAGGCCGACGUACAGAGACUCUGCGAGAAGGCACGAGAAGUCCUGCAGGAGGAGUCCAACGUUCAGCCAGUAAAAUGCCCCGUGACGGUGUGCGGUGAUAUCCAUGGUCAAUUCCACGACCUGAUGGAACUGUUCAAGAUCGGCGGCCCGAAUCCCGACACAAACUACCUUUUCAUGGGUGAUUAUGUCGACCGCGGCUACUAUUCUGUCGAGACCGUCACCCUCCUAGUCGCCCUCAAGAUACGAUACCCCGGCCGCAUCACCAUCCUGCGAGGCAACCACGAAUCCAGACAAAUUACCCAAGUUUACGGCUUCUACGACGAAUGCCUGCGCAAGUACGGCAAUGCCAACGUCUGGAAGUUCUUCACCGACCUCUUCGACUACCUCCCUCUGACGGCACUCAUCGACAACCAGAUCUUCUGUCUGCACGGUGGACUAUCGCCUAGUAUCGAUACUCUUGAUAACAUCAGAGCUCUUGACCGGAUUCAGGAGGUCCCUCACGAGGGCCCCAUGUGUGACCUGCUAUGGUCCGACCCAGACGACCGGUGCGGCUGGGGUAUAUCCCCUCGUGGUGCGGGUUACACCUUCGGUCAGGAUAUCUCGGAGGCUUUCAACCACAACAACGGCCUGACUCUGAUCGCGAGAGCGCAUCAACUGGUCAUGGAAGGGUACAACUGGUCUCAGGAUAGAAAUGUCGUAACGAUAUUCUCUGCACCCAACUACUGCUACAGAUGCGGUAACCAAGCCGCGAUCAUGGAGAUUGACGAACACCUGAAGUACACCUUCUUACAGUUUGACCCCUGCCCACGCGCUGGCGAGCCUAUGGUUUCCCGACGUACGCCGGACUACUUCCUCUAA